AUUGGGCAUCAGUAUGAGUGUGUCUUGAAUGACCGCACUAGGGUUGAAUCGUAUACCAUGCCUAUUCAAUUUCCACUCUAUCCGAAGCAUCUCACGCCAAUCCAUGAAGUGUACCGACGUCCUAACAAGACGUUUGUUGAUAUAGCCGGAGUUGUUGUGCACUGGUGUAAACUUGAGCACGUUGGUCAUAGUAAACCCUAUAGAGAGGUCAUACUCAUGGACACAAGGUUCAACCUCAUAGUUGUUGGAAUUUGGAGUGAGCUUUUAGAGCGGUAUGCGAUAAGCUUGCAAUCUGCAGGAAAUAAUAAUCAUGUUAUUCUUGGGACCAUGCUAAAAUUGAAUAAAAGACACAGGUGUCUGGAGACUUCAGAUCACACGAGUUUUGCAUUCAAUCCAGCUAAUCUUCAAACACGUCAACUGCAUGCCUUCGAGCGGUGGUGCGUCACGGGCAAGAGAGACCUCAGAUUCGUGAAUAGAUUUGUUGAAAAAAGGUGGGCGUACCUCGCAACAGUGGUGUGACCUAUGUUGGAUACUUAUGGAUUCAAGUUCACCUUGAAGGAUAAUUUUGUAACAGA